AUGGACGUCACCUCGGUCAAGUCCAUCACGGACUUUGUCCCCCGUUAUCGCGAAUAUGCUGCCGCCAAAGAGCAGACCGAGACCUUCAUCAAGGACUUGAUGAUUUAUGCCGAACACAUUGAAAACACGACCCGGCAAGAAAAGCUAGCACUCAAUACCCAGCUGCGACACGCUCAGUUUGAUUAUGAGGACUCGGUGAAUGCUCGACGUGAGCUGCAAGCUCGUGUCAUGGAUCUCGAGAGCCAACUGAGCUUUUUGUCACAAAAUAACUCCGGUCUGAAACAUAGAAAUCCCUACGUCCUCGUCCUUGUUGACGGAAAUGACCUAAUAUUCCAAGACCAUCUUGUCAAGCAAGGCGCCGAGGGUGGCAGCAAAGCAGCAUACGCCCUUCGCCAAGCAGUCUACGCCAAAGUACAAAAUCCAGAUGACACGGAAAUCAUUGCCAAGGUUGUGGCCAACCUCUCUGGCUUGGCCAAGGCUCUACGACGCAAUGAGAAUGAUCUCAAGCAUUUCAUGCUGGGCUUCACCCAGGCCAAAGCAUCUUUUGAUUUUAUUGACGUCGCCAAUGUCGACACAGGUGCACAUGCCAAAAUUGCAGAUACGGCACGCUUCCAUCUGAAGAAUUACAAUUGCACACAGGUCAUGCUUGGAGUUUCCGAUCCUGCCUACGUCCAGCUCCUCGACGACGUCAAGGAUGAAAUCAAGUCGAAGCGUAUUACUAUCUUGGAAGGAUGCCCCGUUUCAAAAGAAAUCAUUGGCACUGGUGUGUCUGUCGCUAGUUUUGACGCAAUUUUCAGAGCCGAAAAGCUGCCGCUGGUUGUCGACAAGCCCGUCACGACCGCAUCGUCAAUUGCUAGCACCCCCAUCUCGAAUUCCGCCACCCCAUUUACGUAUGCGACCAUCACGCAAAAGGCAAGCCCCCCGCCUCAGUUGAUUCUGCCUCUGGCACCGAAGACGGUCCAAAGUAAGAGCGCAGCAGUACGUGUAACCACACGACCUGUAUCACCCCCUUGGAACCCUGGUGCUCGAGGUCUGGAUCCUCCUAUCCCUUUGAAUCAGAAUGUCCUCGACAUCGUCAAGAAGCGAACCGGAAGCGACAAACUCUGCAACAACCAUUAUCUGCGAGGCCCCUGCUCCAAGGGUGACGCAUGCUGCUUCGAGCACGAUUACACGCCAAAUCAGGAUGAGAUAAGAGCCAUCCAGUUCUUGGCACGCCUCAACCCUUGCACAAAUGGUCAAGAUUGUGACGUGGAUAACUGCAUCUAUGGCCAUCACUGCCCUAGCGUCAAGGACGGCGUCUGUACACAUCCAUUCUGCAAAUUUCACGUCAAUGAGCACCCCCCGGGAACAAAGAUAAAGGCCAGCAAGAAGCCCGUCGAUUAG